AAAGCCAGGGGGUGUUGGGGGGCUGGAUGCCCUCCCACGCCGCAGCCACGACCGCCCAGCCCGGCGGGGAUGUCCUCACUGGGUGGGGAGUAAAGGGUCAAAAGGCCCCCCCUCCGCCCCCCGCCCCCCACUCCCCGGCACUUGCCCGCCAAUCGCCUCCAGCGGAGAUGCUGGGGGCCCGAGUGCGGCUGCUCGGCCCCGAGGAAAGCGCUCUCCUCCCAGCGCCGAGCACUGGGUCCUGGCAGACGCCCCAAGAUUGUUGUGAGCGCUGUAAUCUGAACCAGCUGUGUCCAGACUGAGGCCCCAUUUGCAUUGUUUAACAUACUUAGAAAAUGAAGUGUUCAUUUUUAACAUUCCUCCUCCAAUUGGUUUAAUGCUGAAUUACUGAAGAGGGCUAAGCAAAACCAGGUGCUCUCGCUGUGGGCUGUCCAGUGGCUCGGAGGACCCAGGCUCUCCCCUCGUCCUCUGCACGGCUCACUGUCCCCCCCUGGAAUACAAUAUCUGCGAGCCCCACGGGCCCAGAAGAGGCCGAAGUUCAGGAACUGCUCCGAGGGUCCCGCACGGCCAGCUUUUUCUUCCCCGCUUUGCUUCCGCGGCUCACGCAUCUUGGACAUGCCAGGAUUUAAAAGGAUACUCACUGUUACCAUUCUGGCGUUCUGUCUUCCAAGUCCUGGGAAUGCACAGCAGCAAUGCACUAACGGCUUUGACCUGGACCGCCAGUCAGGACGGUGUUUAGACGUCGACGAGUGCCGGACCAUCCCCGAGGCCUGCCGAGGAGACAUGAUGUGUGUUAACCAGAACGGCGGGUACUUGUGCAUCCCCCGGACGAACCCGGUGUACCGAGGGCCCUACUCGAACCCCUACUCGAACUCCUACUCAGGCCCUUACCCAGCAGCUGCCCCACCGCUGCCGGCCCCAAACUACCCCACGAUUUCGAGGCCUCCCAUCUGCCGCUUCGGAUUCCAGAUGGACGAAGGCAACCAGUGUGUGGAUGUGGACGAGUGCGCGACGGACUCCCACCAGUGCAACCCUACGCAGAUCUGCAUCAACACCGAAGGCGGGUACACCUGCUCCUGCACCGACGGCUACUGGCUCCUGGAAGGCCAGUGCUUAGACAUCGACGAGUGUCGCUAUGGCUAUUGCCAGCAGCUGUGCGCGAAUGUCCCUGGCUCCUACUCCUGUACAUGCAACCCUGGGUUUACCCUCAACGAGGACGGAAGGUCUUGCCAAGAUGUGAAUGAGUGUGCCACCGAGAACCCCUGUGUGCAAACCUGCGUCAACACCUACGGCUCCUUCAUCUGCCGCUGUGACCCAGGAUAUGAACUUGAGGAUGACGGAGUCCGCUGCAGUGACAUGGAUGAAUGCAGCUUCUCUGAGUUCCUCUGCCAACACGAGUGUGUGAACCAGCCCGGCACGUACUUCUGCUCCUGCCCCCCUGGCUACAUCCUGCUGGAUGACAACCGCAGCUGCCAGGACAUCAACGAGUGCGAGCACAGGAACCACACGUGCACCCUGAGUCAGACUUGCUACAACUUGCAAGGGGGGUUCAAGUGCAUUGAUCCCAUCCGCUGCGAGGAGCCUUACAUCCAGAUCAGUGAUAACCGCUGCUUGUGUGCUGCCGAGAAUCCUGUCUGCAGAGACCAGCCCUUCACCAUCUUGUUCCGGGACAUGGACGUGGUGUCAGGACGUUCCGUGCCUGCUGACAUCUUCCAGAUGCAAGCGACAACACGCUACCCUGGGGCUUAUUACAUUUUCCAGAUCAAGUCUGGGAAUGAGGGCAGAGAAUUCUAUAUGCGGCAAACGGGCCCCAUCAGUGCCACUCUGGUGAUGACGCGCCCCAUCAAAGGUCCCCGGGACAUACAGCUAGACUUGGAAAUGAUCACUGUCAACACCGUCAUCAACUUCAGAGGCAGUUCCGUGAUCCGACUGCGGAUACAUGUGUCGCAGUACCCGUUCUGAGGGCCCAGGGCUGCAGCCUCUGACACUGCCUCUCAACAGCGCCCAGGGACAGGAAGAGAAGAGACGAGAGGGAGAACGAGAGCGAGACAGACGUCAACGCCAUUCCUGCUGAAUGUUUCCCAAGGAGACAGCCCGCUGUCCUGACCCCACCCAUAUUAUCAUAGACCUGAUGUCCCGAGGGGUGCACUGGCCCCCAUUUCCACAAAGCAGUUAUCGAAAAGUAUUAUUAUUGGCACCCUGACCUGAGGUCGACGGUGAUUUUUGGAGCCCUUCAGUUUAUCUUCUUAUUUUGUAAAGAAAAUAGCUUAGGCUUGCUGGGGUCCAAGUCCAUGUUCAGAGACUGUGAACAGCGCCCUCUCACCUCCUCCGUGCCUUCUCUCUCUCGCUCGCUCGCUGACUGCUGCUUCGCGAAGGCCCCGAGAGCUCAUGCGGAUGCUGUGUGUAGCUAGUUUGCUUCUUGUAUGUACAGAGCAGGCGAUGGAAAGGAACCACUGCAGGAUCUAAGGGUUUUAAAGAGUCUAUUUCAAAACCAUGUCUGGUAUUUUCAGCCAUAAAAGAAGUUUUAGUUCUCCUGAAAUUUGUAUAACUAUUUAAUCCUUUAUUUUUUUGUUCAUUUUGAGUUUUUUUGUUUUUGUUUUUUGAAAUAACAAGUGGUGGAAUUCCUUCAAAAGGCCUUCAGGCACAUGUUAUGUUCUGUCUUCCCAAACCCAGCCUCCUCUCCGUUUUAGCCCGGUGUUUUCUCCCAGGACCCCUUCUUUAAACUUUCUUUAAAUUUUUUACCCAACUGGGUUAGAAGGCAGAGGUCUCCAAACUGAUUAAAUAUUUGAAGAGA